CCGCUAUGUCCUGUGAUGUCAUCAACGUGCGCCGUCAACACCAUGCCGGGCAGAUUCCACGACCUUUCAUGCAUCCUUUGAGCUACUGUUUAUCAUGUUUAUGUCUAAUUAUUUAACAGGAUAUUAACUACGUGCGGCUGUGGAAUAAAACUGAGUCGACAUGCUUCGAUUUUCGUUCAUGGUUUGCGGUAGAGGAGCCGCUAAAAGGUUCACCUCGUCAUUCUCUGGGGAAAGCACUCUGCCUCCAAAUCUACUGCUGCCCACCAACCUGGUGGAUCCGGCCAGAUUAAAGCGUCCUCCUCCUCCUGCCGACUGCUCGCUGCCUCUGCUGAGGAAGUGUGAUGCCGUCAUUCCCGCUCACCUGAGUCCGCUGCGGACGUGGGUGGAAACUCUGGAGAAGCAGGACAGCGAGCCGCUGGGUUUGACUCAGCUCCACCCCGACGUCUUUGCAGCGCCUCCGAGGCUCGAUAUUCUGUAUGAUGUCGAAACAUGGCAGAGAAAUUUCAAAAGAAUUAGUUACGCCAACACAAAGGUCAGGUCAGAGGUCAGAGGUGGAGGCAGGAAGCCCUGGAAUCAGAAAGGAAGUGGAAGAGCUCGCCAUGGAAGCAUCCGAUCACCGAUUUGGAGAGGAGGUGGGGUGGCUCAUGGACCCAGAGGGCCCAACAGUUACUACUACAUGUUACCCAUGAAGGUUCGGGUCCAAGGGCUCAAAGUGGCGCUGAGCUCCAAGAUGGCUCAGGAAUAUCUUCACAUCGUGGACUCCCUGAACAUCCCCACACCAGACUCUCAGUACCUGCUGGACCUCAUCAGACACAGACACUGGGGAGAGUCGCUGUUAAUAGUUGAUGUAGGUGAAGAGUUUCCUGAAAACAUCCUUCAGGCCACAGCAAACUUGAAGACAGUCAACAUUAUUCCAGCCAUCGGUUUGAACGUCCACAGCAUGCUGAAACAUGAAGCCGUCGUCCUCACUCUGGAAACAGUCAAGUUUCUGGAGGACAAACUGCUUUGGCACGAUCAGCGUUACACACCUCUGUACCCGUUCAAACUGCCCUACUCGGAUUUCCCUUAAAAGAAAUGACCGGG